UGAAUUUCGCAGUUUACACACAAUAUCACUUACGUUGAAAAAACUUUUGCCCCAGUAAUUUGUGAAAAUCCCCGUUGAGUGUUCUCCCACAUGCUUUCGAAAGAAUUCUAUGAAUUCUGCUUGUUAAGGUUCUGAUCCAGGUGUCUUCUGAAUGAUAAAACAGAGAAAUCAAUUAUUGCGAGAAAAUCCUUAAGAUUCUUAUUCAUCACACCUAUGCAAAUGAAGAUGUUAGUGAACUCAAGACAAUUUAAGUCCGACCUAAAUAAUGUAUUUCAUCGAAGCCGAUCGGACUGAAUGCCCAUCUGAAUACCGAUCAGGGUAUGUUCUCGCAGUACGCUAGCGCUGUUUUAUCCAAUUAACGAAAAGUAGUGUAUUAUGAAAAUAAGUUUUUGAUUUUUUUGUCACCUGACAACAAAAGCUGUGGGCAGCGCAAGUAUAUUCUCUCGGUUGCUGGUAAAUUAUGACAUUUACAUUAUUACGCACUGCGGAACUGCUUUUUUUCAUUUUCAAAGUCUGGCUUCGGUCUCCUCGAAUCCGGCAUGGUGUCCAAAAAAAACGAAGCUAAUAUCAUGGUCAAGAACGCAGUUGAUGUCAUCUAUGGUGGAUUGUCCUAUUGGCUUUUCGGAUUCGCACUCAGUUUCGGAAGCAACACGGCUGGGAAUGGUUUCUUCGGUGUUGGAUAUUUUUUCACGGACGCUGAUGACCAUGAAAUGGGGCAAGUGUUCUCAAAGUACUUUUUUCAGCUUUCGUUCGCAACGACAGCGACUACGAUUGUCUCGGGUGCAAUGGCGGAGAGAACAUGCUUAAAAGCAUAUACGGUUUAUUCGUUUAUCAACACUCUAACAUAUAGCGUACCCGCUCACUGGAUUUGGGCUGAAAAUGGCUGGCUUGCCAAAAUGGGGGCAGUCGACAUCGCCGGCUGCGGAGCUGUCCACUUAGUUGGAGGAGUAAGUGGAUUGGUAGCGACCAUGAUGUUAAAGCCUCGCAUAGGAAGAUUUGAUGAAAAUUCUCCACCGCAACAGAUGACUUCCCCGACAAAUGUUCUCCUGGGAACUUUCAUGUUAUGGUGGGGGUGGUUGGGUUUCAAUUGUGGUAGCACAUUUGGAAUAAGUGGAAUGAAAUGGAAGCUUGCGUCGAGGUCAGCGGUCGUCACCAUCAAUGGCUCGAUAGGCGGAGGAAUUCUGGGAAUGGUCUACAGCUACGUUUUCUGUGAAAAGAAGCUAAACAUAUCAAUCUUUGUUACCGGGAUUUUGUCGGGACUCGUCAGUAUAACAGCCAUCUGUUCUCUUGCCCGCCCUUGGGAGGCUCUUCUGAUUGGUGCAAUAGGCGCCAUGUUGGCAUGUCCUGGAUGUGAGCUUCUCGAGCGGCUCAAAAUCGAUGAUCCUGUCGGCUGCGUACCGACACAUGCUUUCGCAGGAAUCUGGGGCCUAGUCGCCGUCGCCUUCUUUACCGAGAAGGACGUCUUGGAAAAUACAUUUUCCGGCGAGUUUGGAAUUUUCAAAGGUGGUCCUUGGAAGUUCUUGGGAGUUCAGCUGCUUAUGUCACUUACCAUGACUGCAUGGGCUGCUACCACUACCUACUUGCAGCUGCUAUUGGUCAAUCUGUUGGUGGGAAUGCGCAUGAGCGAAGAAGAUGAAUUAUUAGGCGCAGAUAAAGUUGAACAUGGAAUUGAGCCAUACGAUCCAAACUCCUCGGAGUGGCCUGACGUCAUAAGCGGGGGUGCAAAUGGAGUCGAAAGUAGUCUACAAUCGAUAGAGGAAAGUCCCGUGAAUUUACAGAACGCUGGAAGUCAAGACUCUUUGACGGAGAUAGAAAAUGGACAAAAAGAAUCUUUGGCAACUAUUUGCAGUCGAAGGAAAUAAGUUAACACUUAAACAAACAAGAUUUAUAAAUCGCUGUUUUUAUUUUGCCACACACUAGAAAAGAUAAAUCUUCUGCAACGAUCUGGAUUCGUUCCACUCGUCUUUAAGCCCAGCGAUUGCUAGUGCAAAUAAAACGAUUUUAUGAAUAUCA